CUCGUGACCCACCGCCCGCGCCCGCGAGCCCGCGCCCCGCCGCGCCCGGCCCAGCCGCAGGAUGCGCGCCCCGCCGCCGCCGCUGCUGCUGCUGCUGCUGGCCGCCUGCGCGCCGCCCCCCUGCGGCGCGGCUGCCCCGACGCCGCCGGGCUGGGAGCCGGCGGCCGACGCGCCCUGGUGCCCCUACAAGGUGCUGCCCGAGGGCCCCGAGGCGGGCGGCGGGCGCCUGUGCUUCCGCAGCCCAGCGCGCGGCUUCCGCUGCCAGGCGCCCGGCUGCGCGGCGCACGCCUCGGCCGGCCGCUCGCUGCGCGCCAGCGUCCUGCGCAACCGCAGCGUGCUGCUGCAGUGGCGCCUGGCGCCGGCCGAGGCGCGCCGCGUGCGCGCCUUCGCGCUCAACUGCUCGUGGCGCGGAGCCUACACGCGCUUCCCGUGCGAGCGCGUGCUCCUGGGCGCCUCCUGCCGCGACUACCUGCUGCCCGACGUGCACGACGGCGUGCGCUACCGCCUGUGCCUGCAGCCGCUGCCGCUGCGCGCCGAGCCCGCCGCCGCCACCGUCCCGGAGCCUGCGGGGUCCGCCGAGUGCGUGGAGUUCGCCGCCGAGCCAGCCAGCAUGCGGGAGAUCGUGGUGGCCAUGACGGCGGUGGGCGGCUCCAUCUGCGUCAUGCUUGUGGUUAUCUGCCUGCUCGUGGCCUACAUCACCGAGAACCUCAUGCACCCGGCCUUCGGGCGCCCAGGCCUGCGCAGGCAGCCCUGAAGCGCGAGGCGGCCCGCCCACCGGGGCUCCGCCUGCCCGACAAGUGCGCGGGAGGCCCCAGGCCCUCCAGCCCGCUCUCCCUUCCGCGUUCCUGCUCCCUCCUAGGAUCUCCACGCAAGGCUUGCUGGAGACGGAUAGGGCACCAGCCGGCCGCGCCAGGAACUUGAAGUCAUCGCACGACCUUCCUAGCUGCACAUCGACUUCCCAGAUUCCAACUCGGGACUAGCCCUUGGGCCUGCGCAGAGGUGCCAGCCGCGACCGGGGCUCUCCCCGCUUUCCAGAGGCCUUUAUAGAGGCCACCAGGACGUAGAGCCCCUUCUAGCAAGAGCCAUUGCCACCCUUGGGUGGUCACUCUUCUCCUCCAGCCUGUGCUGCGUUGGAAGAACCAGGCUGUCGUCAUUGCUGGUCACUGUGUGCUUUGCCGGCUUGAGGGCCCCCUUGGAACCUGUGCUCUCCCCUCCCCACCCCCGUGGGCUUAGGUUAGCUUCGUGCCUUAGUAUCUCGGGCCCACUGGUGGAGCCAACCACCCGUCCCAUGCUGUCCAAGGGGGUCUGUGGCCCUGAGACUGGCUGGCUUGUGGGUGGUUCCAGCCAGAGCCCCCUGGGGACCCCACUUCAAGAUGUGCAGGAGCGUCUGGUGCGGGUAAGCAGAGUCCUGUGGUGUUUCCCUUCGGGGGUGUCUGAGCAGCUGGGAGCCAUGAGGUAGCUCGGCAGGCGGGGCCCAUCGGCCAGCUGCUGUGUCCCGGGGGGAGUGUUCUCUGACUUCUGGGGAAGCUGACAGUUUUCCAGGGCUGGGUUACCCCCACUUCCUUUUGUGUGUGCUACCUUGACUGAGGACUUUCUGUGGCCAGUGGGGGCAGGUGGCUGGGAAGAGGGGGCCUGGUCCGAAAGGACAGUGUUGCAUCUAGAGAGUAGAAGAACAGAUGCCAGCUUUGCCCAGCAGGACCUUCCACUGUGGUCUGGAUGCCAAGCCUCAGCCACAGCAUGACAGACAGCACCACCCCAGCUCCUCCUCAAGCUGGUGGUUGGGAUUCCAGGAUCUGGUCAGACAUGCUGCUGCCCACCUACAGACCCAUGGUGGACUGAAGGCUGAUCUUGCUCCUCUCCGGGCAGACCUGAGUACCCUGGCCAGGGUUGCUUCUUGUGCUGACCACCUGGUGAUGCCAGACGCUGGGAGGGGUGCGGCACACCCAGCUCUCUGUGAGCCCCUGGCUGUGACCACCCUGGACCUGGCGCUUCUGGAGUCACUGUGGUUAACCUGUCCCCACCCUCACCCCAGUGGCCACCAGCGAUCUCAGGUCCUGGGUUGUGCCCCCACAGUGCCCAUUCCCCCCAUUUUGUCUUUGCUCUGCCCGCCCUUGGCGUGGCGCUGGUCACGUGUGAGCCUGGCACCAAUGUCUGUCUAAAUGUCCAUCAUUCUUAGAUCAAAACCACUGUCUUGUGUGCUUAUUCAAGAAGUGGGAGAGAAGGGCACGGAGUGAGAAGGAAGGGGGGACCCCUUGCUCCCCAGCUCCUCUAAGCUCCUCGAGCAUCAGCCCAGUGGCUGACCCUGGACCCUUUGCCCGGUCAGGUGGCGUCAGUCCCAGGUCAGGUGCACAGGCACUCUGUCCUUGCCGUUUUCUGGCAGAGGGACAGACAGGGUGUCCCACUGCUGGUCUGCCCACCCUCAGACCUUGGGAGAGGAUCUCUGUUGGGUCUACUGUGCUGGGCGGGGGUAGGGGUUUCGGGUUCGGCACGUGCUGCAGCUAGAAAUAGCCCAGUCUCACGGGUGACCCACUUGAGCUGUGACAAGCAGUAAUUAGGCGGUUCUAGGAGGGCCCCCUCCCCGGCCUGGGCCUCCCCAUGCAGUGCUAGGGCUGGGGAGUGGGGGACAGGGUAACGUGGGGCCUCUGUCUGUGGCAUUCACUGGAUUGCCACCUGCCCUCCUGCCUGGGCCCUCCCCCACUUAGGCUGUCCUUGAGAUCCAGGAGCUGUGACCCUGAGGAGCCAGACAGCUGGGGGCGUGCCAGGCUCUGAGGAGUGACUCAUCCCCUGGAGAGGUGGGAGUGCAGCGAUGUGUCUAGACAGCCGGGGGCAUGAGUGGGAGGGGUUCCACCUCCAGCAGCCUCCAUCCUGGCUCCCUGGGGGCCCCUUGCCUGCUGAGACCCCGGGCCACCUGUGAAGUGUGCUCAGGUGUCUUCCGUGAGGGCAGAAGUGGGACCCCUUGGCAGCCCUGGUCUGAGGUGCCCUGGUGUCCAUCCUCUAGCUCCUGGGGGCAGUCAGUUUCCAGAGCUGGGGCUACAUGGUCCUGCUGGAGCCAUGGCGAGGUUUCCUGAGGCCUUCCUUUUCCUCUGCCCCCUCCCCCUGGCCCUCCCCCUGAUUUGGGGUCCCGUUUGUGGGCUGGAGCUCAGGCCAGCUAGAGCCACAGGCCUGUCUUAUCAGCCGAUUCUUCAUUUCCUGCAGCACUGAUCAGCCUUCUGCUCCAGAGAUGCCUCUUCAGGGCUCUGUUCCAGGGGCUUGUUGGAGGCCCGGAGUCCAGCUUUGGGUCUGCAGAGGUGGGGCUGAGCAGCCCAGCCCCAGCAUGAUCCAGUCAUGAGCCCUGGCCUGGGAGACAGUCUGGAGCUGGUGUCCAGGCAGAGCCCUUAUGCUUCUGAGCUCACGGCCAUCCCCACAGCUGCUCUUCCGCAGGUGGCCCCACCAUCCUCCGAGGGGUGCAGGGGACACCCAGGCUCCUCCCCCACCUUGGCCCACCAGUCCACCUGAAAGAUUGGCAGUGCACCUUGUCCAGGACAUUUCCUUCUCCAUCCUCCUCGAGGGGCCUGUCCCUCCUUCCUUCCCCACUCUUAUCAUGGUCUCUGCUCUCCUGGUUAUCUCAGUGGCUUCCGUGUGCCUCAUUCGUUGGUUGAGACUGCUUUUCUCCCUGGUGCCUGAAAAUACUUAAGCUUAUAAUUUUCUGUCAUGGAAGAGAAGUAACUCUGCUCUGAUUCCGAAACACUGAGGGGCUGC